ACCGCUGUUACAGGAAGGUGGCUUGCUGUGACGGGCACAGACCUGGCAGAGACUGGUGGCUUGGAUCAUGGCAUCACCGCUGGCUGAGACUAUUGACUGAGUUUUGAGACUCUGGCUUACAUUCAGCUAGUUGACACCAACUAACACGCCCAGUGACCAACCGCCAUCCAGAAUCUUUUGCCGACUCAGCAACCCGCGGUUGCGGCAUUUCAGUAGCAGUCGGUGCACUCGUUCGUUCGCAAUUCCAGCACUCAGACAUCAGGCACCAAGCUCCCUCUAUUCGGUCUGAGCCAUUACCGCCUCGUUCUCUGGAUCGUCUUGCAGCUGCAAUGAUCCCGUCGGCCCCUGCGCGCAGGAAGCUGCGAUAGUCCCUGCAGUGCACCUGCGCUCUAUGGGCAGGUGACUGAAUGUCGACGUCUACACCUCCAAAUGGCCGAGCUGCCAACGACGAUGUCGGAGGGUCAGAGCACCUGGAUCCCAAUCACCUGUCUCUGCCUACCUUUCACUCCGUCCGCGAAUCUUCCAACGAACGAGACGGUCGAGGCUCAAGGACCGAGUCGACUGCUUCAGGUUCUGCGAGCCGUCGAAGUCGAAGUCGCAACCCCGACCUGCCAUCUUCCCGAUUACUAGAGCGUCUUUCCUUUGGAGGAAGCAAUGCUCGAAGCGACGGGGACCCUAAGAGCAAAGAGAAGGAGAAGGAGAGGGAGAAAGAGAAGGAAAAGGCAAAGGAAAACGACGCUCCGCGGCACAAUGUCUCUCGACGUUCUGGUGGCUUUCUUCUCGAGCCCGUCUCAAAUUCCAAGCGAGUGUCUCGCGCAUCGCCGGUUCCUCCCACUCGGAAAGAUCCUGAAGGGAAACGGAAUAGCGGCGACUCUGAAUUGACGCUGGUAAAGAGAAGGCACAGAACAAACGGCCACGCCAGCUCGUCGUUCAAAAGUUCUCCAUUGGCGGGCGAGGUCAAACAGGAUCCCAUCAUAUACAACUAUCCCAGCUCGGAUCAACUUGUUCCUGGUACUGAUGUUCGACGGUCCCUCUCAUCCUCGCACAAUGGCUCCCAAUUUACAGGCAUUCCCGCAUCAGCCUCGCGUAAUGUCGAAGUGCAAAGAACGCCCGUUGCCAUGGUCGGUUUUGACAAUGAUCCAGCGCAGAUAGUCAAUAUGGCUCUGAGCCUAAGUGAAGGUCGACGACGCCUCGCUUCAGGAAGGAGGUAUGUCUCGACCGAGCAGGGCGAACGUCGCGUCGUUUCCGCUGCAUCAACCUCAAAUCCGAACAACACCGUCCGGAGACGAAGCAUCGCACCCUUCCUGGCGACCAACCGUCAGUCAUCUCAGGGUGGCUCUCCCAAAAGGCACACUUCUAGCAAACACCGGGACUCGAACACGCCGGCGACGCCGGUGUCCGUUGAUGUAUCCGUCACUGAAGUUGUCCCCAAUCUCGACAUCGAUCCUGAUUUCGUGGACCAAAUCUCGCCGGCCACUGCAGCCCGUGUUGAGAAAGCAAAGGUGUAUUUUGAACUCGCCCACGAGCAUCGGCGUCUUCUCCCACAUCUACCUCCAAUACGAAAACCAGGUACUCAACUUGGAUUUACUGGACCAGAAGCGAUGCAAAAGGCGUACAAUCCUUUGCAAUACGUCCGAAACCGUAAGCUCCGCAUUUGGGAAAAGACACCGAUCAACAGCGAGGCCGAGGGAUGGCAUGAUGUCCAGAAGGUCAGAGCCUGGGUUGACGCAGUGGUUUCGAGCCACCCAGACACGCAGCAUGAUUCCUUGGAAUGUGUCCGGUUACCUCCGCUGGACCUCCGGAGUGCGGAUACUGAUCGUGAAGAUACGGACGACUCGCCGGAUGAGCCAAAGAGUACAGUCCUGCCUCGCGUUUUGGACCAACUUCAUCCCAAGCCCACUCGCCCGCGAUCUGACUGGGUCACUCAUCCAGGCGACUUGAUAGCCGAUGCAUAUUGGUUGGAGCAAGGCAUGAACAAAACGAAAAUCCAAGACCGAGACAACAAUUUGAUCUACCCGCCAAAUACUCAUUUCACAUUCUCGGGCUGGCGCAACCAAACACCUGUCAAUAUCCCAACUAGAUUGCAGCAGUCUUCUCCACCUCUGGAGCCUCAAGAAGAUUCUUUCCAAGAGACGCCUUCAUCCGCUCUGCCCGAGCUGCCGACUUUUAAGUCAGCUCAUCAUGCGCACAAGAGUGGGCGCCAUGGCCGCCGCAGAGACAUCAUCAGAGACUCUGUUCACGGCAAGAGCGGCAGCAGCUCCAGGGAACGUUCCCGAAUACGCAAGAAGCUGUUUCAGGACAGUAGCGAUUCAGACUAUUCGGCGUCGAUGUCUUCCGAUGAUGCGGGCAUUGAACGCGGCCGAAAUCGACUUCGGCGGAAGAGGCACGAAACUCCGGUCAAUAAUGGUGCGGAGAAAGGGAGUCAUUCGCAGUCGAAGCAGACAUCGCAAGCAUUUGGGCACGGUCACGGUGACUCUAGUCAAGGGUCCUCUGCCCCAACGUCGAAAAGAACCUCAAUGGAUCAUACUGGGCUCAACAAACUCUUCCGAGUGGACAGUCUCAAGAAAGCCUCGCCCUUGACUCGGUCACGGAACAGACAGGAUUCCUCGCGGCCUCGAUCCGUACAGGUCCCCAUCCGGUCAAGCCUCGAGCACGAACACCAACCUCGCGCAUCUACAGAAUACGAUACUACUACAGCCCCGAACUCCCCUAACGGAGUUGAAUGGCCGAGUAUCGCCAUCAACCUCUCCCCGCCUCCGAGUAGACCAAGUUCGCCAUCCAAGAAUCCGAUAUCUACCAUCUUGCAUCCCUUCCACCGCAAACCUCACAAGGGUCAGGGCCAAACCAGCACAACUGACUUUGCGCAUGUUCCACCAGUGCAAUCAGUCCACGAACAUGAAUUGGAAAAGCAUGUUGACAGUCCCGAUUCCCGUGGUCAAAGCCCCAUGACCAGGGGCCUCAGUUCGCUGUCCAAAAACCAGACACACUCGACAGAGCCAGACGACAUGACCCCGCAAUCGUCCAUUGAACACAGACACAGUACGGCGAGCAAAGUCAGCACGCGGUCAACUACCCAUGCAGGAAGCGAUCAUUCGAGGAUUCGCGCUAUAUUCAAAGGAGGUCGCAUUGCUGAAAUCGUCGGGAAUGAAGUUUCCCGAGUUGGGGACUUUAUCUGGAAACGCGACCUCCCGAUCAUAUACAGACACAGAGGCUCUGCUUCCGAAGGCAGUAUUCGUUCUUAUGAUGGGUCGGAUUCAGAAAUAGAGCAGCACCAUCGUCAUCAUCAUCACCAGCACCAACAACAACAACACCAACAACAACAAAACGGCACGAUUCUCAAAACACCUCCGCCCCUUGCACGCUCAAGAUCAUCCACCAUCUCAAGUACUAAAAGCGACCAUGUCUCCCCUGUUGCCACGAAGACAACCAACACAGGUAAUGAUCGGCCUAGAUACAACAAUCCCAAUCUACCCAGCUUCACCUCCCCUUUCCAAAAAGAUCGCGAACGUCAAGAGAAACAGCAAGGAUACCUGGCCCCAGAUGAUGCGGCGACACGGGGUGAUUCUGCUGACCACAUCUCUCGGCUCGCCGCCCAGCGUCGCUCGGCCUCACAUUCGCCACGACUCGCUGCCCUACCCAGGCUUGAUACCGGGGCGCCCACUACGCCAAACGAAGUGAGCCGACAGAAAAGUUACGGCUUCGGCGCAGCUCUGGACCUCAGCAGAUCGCGAGAUGCAUCCGACCAACUGAACUCUGUCAUCGGUCCGGUGACUGGGCUGAGCGGUCUCCGCCCUUCCAGAUCUGCCGGCGAUCUUUCGAAGAUGGGAGGAUCCGAUCUAGGUCAAGAAGACGGCGAACCUGCAGACGUGACGUGGCGCGAUAUUGAACGUGCCCAGGUUCUCCUAUAUACCUCAACCGUCAAAGCUCGGGAGAUUGGACGUCGGGCUGAGGACUCGGGUGAAGAACUGCCACCAUUCCUUCUCGAAAGCCUCACGCCCGAGAACAAAGCCUUGCAUUCUGCGAAACCCCUACGUGUCAAGAAACGAGAACGACAUAUUGUGGCAGCACAAAAUAUCAUGAAGACGCUGGAAGGCCACUCCUUUACCUUCAAUAAGAAAUUACACUCAUUUACCACAUCGCUCAUACCCGCUCUGCACAGCCAACUCCAGAUCCUCGAGGAUCAGGUAGAGAACAACAUGACUCCGCAGGUUCGAAUAACGGCUGAUUCAGCGGGCGAACUGAGCAUGAAGCUUUCCACCACUAGUACGCUUGCCGUCAAAGAACUCAAUGACUCGAUCGAAGUCGCUUUUCGCAGGAAGCGGAGGGGUCCCAUCAGGUUGUUCCGCAAGCUGUGGUUUGCAGGCAUUGAGUGGACCGUUGUCGGGCUACUGUGGCUCAUCUGGGCUGUUGUUUCCGUGGUCAGGUUCACUCUAGGAACGGGCAGGUGCGUGGUCAAGGGCGUAAGAUGGUUGUUUUGGAUCGAUUGAUCCACCUCAAUCUUGCAGACCAGCCAAAUCGAGCUGCGCAGCCACCGCCCUUUGUGAAGAACAUGGGUUUGAGGAAGAAUCUGGGUAUGCUGAUUAACUGGCAAGACGUCCGAGACGGGGGACGUAAAAAGCUCUUUGUGGGUCGUGUUGUUGGAUCAUGCUUAUAUUCGAAACCAGCGAGGCGUUCCGGCACCGAUUGCAACCUGUUUGUCGUCAUGGCAUCGCGCGAUCGUUUUUGCUGCUUUUGAGAUCACACGUUGGAGAGUCAUGAAUCACGAACACCCCAUCAAUGGCCUGCCCUGUUGGACACCGGGGACAUACGCCAUCUUUGUGGCUGUUACACGAUACGUAUACUUUUAUUUUGUAUAGCUUUGUAAUCGACGGAAUUGAGGGAAGCCAAAAAGACCCAUGAUGAGCAUUUCAUCCAGUAGUUUUAGUAUUCAG